AUCUGUUUGCUACAUGGGUCAUGAUAUAUAGAAUGGUCCAUGAAACUAUCUUAAACUCUGAAAUUUUCUGUCGAUAAACGGAUUAAAACUCUCUUUCCUUCCACAGGCACCAGAGAUGGCUACCCCUCAAAGACGCAACAGCCGGCUCUCUAUUGCCUUGGAAAGAACCGGCCAAUGGGUGUUUUCUCAAAAAAUUCCAAUAGAUAUUGUAGUUGAAGUUGGAGAAGCCAAUUUCGCUCUCCACAAGUUCAUGCUGGUGGCAAAGAGCAAUUACAUAAGGAAGUUGAUAAUGGAAUCAACAGAACAAGACCUGACAAGAAUCAAUCUCUCUGAUAUACCAGGAGGCCCUGAGAUGUUUGAGAAAGCUGCAAAAUUCUGCUAUGGAGUAAACUUUGAAAUCACCAUUCAAAAUGUUGCUGCUCUUCGCUGUGCUGCUGAGUACCUACAGAUGACUGAUUUGUACAGCGACAAUAACCUCGCCGGUCGCACAGAAGAUUUCCUUGGUCAGGUUGCCUUGUCUAGCCUCUCUGGAGCUAUUGUCGCCUUGAAAUCUUGCGAAGAUCUCCUUCCCUUGUCUGAAGACCUUAAAAUAGUUCAGAGGUGCCUAGAUGUUAUCAGCGUUAAGGCCUGUAACGAAGCAAACUUUCCAAGCCGGUCGCCGCCUAAUUGGUGGACGGAGGAGCUGACAAUUUUAGGUAUAGAAUUUGUGGGGAAAAUCAUUUGUGCAAUGAAAAAACGGGGAGCGAAAGCACUAACUCUAGCCAGAGCUCUCAUAACUUACACAGAGAGAAAUCUUCAAGAUCUUGUUCGAGAUCACUCCAGCAACGGCACCAAGUCCUCGGAUUUUGACGACUCCGAUAUUAGGAGCCACCAGCGGAAGCUUAUACAAUCAAUAGUCUCUCUCAUGCCUUCUGAGAUAGGUGCUUUCCCAAUCAACUUCCUCUGCUGCCUUCUCCGGUCUGCAAUCUUCCUCCAAGCCUCCAACUCCUGCAAGAACGAGCUGGAAAAACGAAUCUCGGUGAUAUUAGAGCGUGUGAUGGUGGGCGAUCUUCUGGUUUUGUCUUUCACUUAUGACGGUGAGAGACUGUUUGAUCUGGAGAGCGUGAAGAGGAUCAUAUCAGGAUUCGUGGAGAAGGAGAAGACCAUGGCUGUCUUCAUCGGUGGCGAUUUCAAGGAUAAUUUUUCCCCAGCGAUGCAGAAAGUUACGAAAACCGUAGACGCCUAUCUUGGCGAGAUCGCCAGCUAUGUAGAAUUCAGUAUCUCCAAAUUUAUUGGAAUUUCCAUUCUGGUACCCAAAGGAGCUAGGAAGGUCGAUGAUGAUCUCUACCGCGCCAUUGAUAUCUAUCUGAAGGCUCAUCCGAACCUCGAUGAGAUAGAGCGAGAAAAGGUGUGCAGUGUAAUGGACCCAUUAAAGCUUUCCUACGAAGGUCGACUUCAUGCUUCACAAAACAAACGGUUGCCUGUACAGGUUGCUUUGCAUGCCCUAUGCUACGAUCAGCUGAAGCUAAGAAGUGGGAUAGAUGAACGCAGCACCCCAGAAGCUGGCGUUGGAAAUACGAGAGAUCACUUGCGGAAGGAUGUGUCUCUGAUCAAGGAGAACGAGGCUUUGCGGUUGGAGCUCAUGAAGAUGAAGCUUCUUAUGUCAGAUAUGCAGAAGAACAACAAUAAUCAAGGGGCAUCUAGCAAGCGUGGCCCUUGGAAGAAGCCCACCUUCUUCUCAUCACUGUCCAAGACUUUGGGGAAGUUGAAUCCUUUCAGAAAUGGGUCUAAGGAUACUUCUCAUAUUGAUGAGAGUGUGGAAGUGGGCAAUACCACGCCAAGGAGGAGAAGGUUCUCUAUUUCUUGAUCGUUGGAUGUCUUUUAAAUGAUAUGAAAAAUUAUUUAUCCCUACUCAUGUAUAUUAUUAAUCUUCUGUUAAACUUAAUUUAGCAUAAAUUCAAGAAAGAAUAUUAUAUGAUGAAA